CUUUAGCACUUUAGCGUGAUAACUGUGUUGGCUGUAAGAGAUAUUAUCCCAUUAUCAUGUCUGUGGUGGUUGAUGAUAUCAGUGCUCUUUUGGAAGAGUUACAAAUCGAUGGUGGCGGCGCUAAUGGGCCAGUGCCUCCGUGUACUACAACGUCAUACAAACAAGAGCAAAUAGCCACUGUUGAGGACCAACUGAAGUCUCACUUCCUGAACCCCUCGAACUCGUUGCCGUGGGACCUACUGGAUGUUAUGCAAACGGUUCCAGAUAUGGACAGUGUGCAGAUGUAUGAUUCUCUGUUACAAUUACCAGAUCGGGUCUCCAGGCUACAGUAUAGGCUCAAACGUCAGGGCAUCGAAGGUAAAGUCCAUACCUAUGCCGAAGAGGUUAACCGCUCAGAUGUGGCCAAUUCAAAUGCUGCUACAUCUAUCAGUAUUAAUAGAGCGUAUGGAGAGUCUCAAUCUUUGAGAGGUUCCACGUCGCAAUUGCCCUUCCAACCUGGUGGAAUACAACUGAAAAAUGCGGUAAAGGACUCAACAGCAUUGUUACAUAGGGAUUCAGACGGGCUGUUCGACAUCCCACUAGGUCUUUCUAGAGGACUGUAUGUUGGCGGAGGUUCUCUUAACGACUUGGAUGAGCUUGAAAAUGUGGCUGAUGAUGAUGAGCCAAACGAAGAUGAAGAGUUACAGGAGGGUGUACCACUAAGUUCUGUCCAGCAAUCACAGGCCAAAUCUUCAGGAUUUGAGAAGGAGAUUGAUGAACUACUACCAAUUGACAUAAAUUUUGGAAGAAGUUCUAUGAUCAAUAAGGAUGACCUGGUGGUGAAGAAAGAAUGGGCGCAUAUGGUUGAUUUAGAUCACAAGAUUGAAAACUUCCACGAGCUGAUUCCAAAUAUGGCCCGUAAGUGGCCUUUUGAAUUGGAUGCAUUUCAGCAGGAGGCUGUUUAUCACUUGGAACAAGGUGACUCCGUGUUUGUUGCUGCACAUACAUCUGCUGGUAAAACUGUAGUUGCUGAAUAUGCUAUUGCAAUGGCUAAACGAAACAUGACCAAAGCCAUUUACACGUCUCCAAUUAAGGCCUUGUCCAAUCAGAAGUUUAGAGAUUUCAAAGAGACGUUCCCUGAAGUUGACGUGGGCUUGAUCACUGGUGAUGUUCAGAUAAAUCCAGAGGCUAACUGUCUCAUCAUGACCACUGAGAUCUUGAGAUCGAUGCUGUACCGUGGUGCAGAUCUCAUCCGUGAUGUCGAGUUUAUCAUUUUUGAUGAAGUUCACUAUGUGAAUGAUAUAAGUAGAGGUGUUGUGUGGGAAGAGGUGAUUAUUAUGCUUCCAGAUCAUGUCAAGUAUAUCUUACUUUCUGCCACUGUUCCGAAUACCUAUGAGUUUGCAAGUUGGAUUGGAAGAACCAAACACAAAGAUAUAUAUGUUAUCUCUACACCAAAGAGACCUGUUCCAUUAGAGAUCAACCUCUGGGGAAAGUCCAAGUUGACAAAGGUUAUUGACGCUGAUAGAAAAUUUUUGGAUUCGAAUUAUAACGCUUACAUUGAAAUGUUUGAAGGCAAGAAGAAACCUCGACAAGGAGAAAACGCAGCCAAUGGUACUCGUGGUGGCCGUGGUGGUGCUAGAGGUGGUCGUGGUGGAGCUGCAACUGGUAGAGGUGGUAGAGGUGGCUCACAAGGUGGUAGAGGUGGCCGUGGAGGUCAAGGAGCCGGCAAUGGACCAAACAGAAGAGGCUUCCAGAUGAGUCAACCUAAUAAAAACACAUGGCCAGAGCUUAUCCAUUAUCUCAACUCCAAUGCACUGUUACCAGCUGUUAUAUUCGUGUUCUCAAAGGCUCGUUGUGAGCAGUAUGCCAAUACUCUAGGUGGAAUUGACUUCUGUAAUGCUAAAGAAAAAUCGCAGAUUCAUAUGUUCAUUGACAAGGCAGUUGCAAGGUUGAAAAAAGAAGACAGGGAGCUCCCACAAAUCAUGUCAAUCAGAGACUUUUUGAGUCGUGGUAUCGCUGUUCAUCAUGGUGGUUUGUUGCCAAUUGUGAAAGAAGUCAUUGAAAUCUUGUUUGCAAAAUCAUUGGUCAAAGUUCUUUUCGCAACAGAGACGUUUGCAAUGGGUUUGAACUUACCAACAAAGACGGUUGUGUUCAGUGAAUUGAGAAAGCAUGACGGUAUCAAUUUCAGAAACCUCCUUCCAGGUGAGUUCACUCAAAUGGCUGGUAGAGCAGGUCGUAGAGGUCUGGAUACUAUUGGAACAGUUAUAAUCAUGUCUUACACUGAAGCAAUGGCUAGACCUACAAUCAAAGACGUGUGCUUGGGAACAGCUACAAAGUUGGUUUCUCAAUUCAGACUGACUUAUAAUAUGAUCCUGAAUUUGCUUAGAAUCGAAGCUCUGAGGGUGGAAGAAAUGAUUAAGCAUUCCUUUUCUGAGAAUACAACACAGGCUUUGCUUCCAGAACAUGAGAAAAAGAUCAAGUCCCUGGAGGAUGAAUUGAACAAUCUGCCUCCUCUAGUGAUCCAAGAUCCCUUCACCGAGGAUGAUCUCAAAGAGGUUUUCGAGGAUCUGAUUAAGUACAAAGAUUUGACACGCUCUCUCAUCAAGGAGAGUAUGAACUCUGCUCUGUUCUUCAAACAGCUUAAACCUGGUAGAGUGAUUGUUUUCAAAGACAACAAGGGUCUCUCCCGUAUAGGUGUGAUCUAUAAACGUAAAGACCAUUCUGAGCCAUACAACUUUGUCGUUUUGGUUUUCGAUAUGGGUGCUGCAGAAUUGCAAGAGGCUACAGGUAUUCCAUAUGUAUCGUCUUUGAAAUCAUUCAUCCGUUCUAACUUUACGCCAAUGACCUAUAACGGUGAUUUGAGGUUUGAACAGGUCUCAUUGGAACAACUGGAGCUCGUGAUCACGUAUUAUAUCAACGUCUUUGAUCUAGGGAAGAAGGACUCAGAUGCUCUUGAGAAGUUUGAGAGUAAUAUCAACUUGGCAUUGAAGUUUCAGGAACGUUUUAAAGAGAUUGAUUGGAGUGCGUUUGGUACUUUGAAAAUCAAUGAGCUUAUCCAAGAGAGAACAGACUUAAUUCAAAAGAUUAAGGGCAGUCCGUGUAUUAAAUCCAAACAUUUCACAGAGUACUUUGCCUCUCUGAACAAGAAAAAGUCCAUCCAAGAUGAGAUUGCACUUUAUAACUCCUUAUUGAACGAUGAGAAUCUUGAAUUGCUUCCAGACUAUGAGCAGAGGUUGGCAGUGUUGAAGGAACUGGAUUUUGUUGAUGAAAAUUUGAACGUGAAGCUCAAGGGUCGUGUAGCAUGUGAAAUCAACUGUGGAUGGGAACUAAUUCUAACUGAGCUGGUGUUGGAUAAUUUCCUUGGAGAUUUUGAUCCUGAAGAGAUCGUGGCACUUCUCUCUGCAUUCGUUUACGAGGGUAAAAGUUCUCAAGAAGAGGAACCAACUAUCACACCUCGUUUGGAGCGUGGUAAAUCCAAAAUUCAGGACAUCAUGGGUCAGAUGAUGGACGUCUUUGAGAGACAUCAAGUCACACUUACUUCUGAAGAGCAAGAUUUCUUACAGAGGAACAGAUUUGCCCUUGUGAAUGUUGUUUAUGAAUGGGCUAGAGGGAUGACAUUCAAAGAGAUUAUGGAACUAAGUAUAGAAGCUGAGGGAACGAUUGUGCGAGUUAUAACACGUCUCGAUGAAAUUUGUCGUGAAGUGAAAUCCGCUGCUCUGAUAAUUGGUGAUUCAUCAUUACACGCAAAGAUGAGCGAGGCCCAAGAGAAGAUCAAGAGAGAUAUUGUCUUCGCAGCAAGUUUAUACUUAUAAUCUCAAGGCUGUCGCACUACGUUAAAUAUCGUCAUAGAUAGUCAUCAUCAUUAGUGCAUAAAGCCUCAAGACUUUGCAGCUAUUUCAAAGAUAUUUCUUCUACUUGAGAACACCUUUUGUUGUAGAAAUUCCUGUGCUGAUUUUUUUCCAAACUUAUACGCGAUUAUUCCAAGCAGUAUAAAUAACGAGCUCUGAACCAUUUUGUAAGGAGUUGAUUGUCCUGUAGACGUCACCACACUAUCUGAGUAUCCCUUGCCUGAGAGGAACCUGCUCAAUGUUGAUUGUUUUUGUAGUUUCUUGUGUGUUGCACUAGAGAAGAUAUCUAGUGCAUCAGACGCAUUCUCAGCUCCAACCUCCAAAGUUGCCUUUGUUCUUUCCAAGUUGUACAAGCUCCACCCCAGCAUCUCCAGAGAUUUGCUGUCUAUGUUGACUGUCUCACCUGAGUCUUGUUUCACUGUGAUGGAAUGCGUUUUAGAUGGGUACAGGGUC